CGUCACCGUCACGGCUCUCGUUGAUAGGCACUGGCGUUUUUGUCGCUGGAUGGGCUGGAGCGAAACUGGGUUCAUCUACAGCAUGUGGCAACAGAGAGCGAGAGACAGGACGGCGAGACCACAGAGACUCCAGGAACUUCGGGCCAAUUUGGUGAGGAUACAGCGCAGUCUUGCAACGCAUGCACUAUCGCGUUGAAUGGGGUGUGAUUGGAGGUGAAACAAGGACUUGAGAUGUAAUUUAUUUUUUUUGUCUCAACAUUUGCCUACAUCAUUGACAAAUACAUACUGGUAUAGCCUUUAUUUAUGUAAAAGCGAUGAACGUUGUGGAUACCACGUGUGUUUUCGUCAUAGGCUUAAUUAAUUGCAAACACAUUUGCGCGUAGGCAGUAGUUUGAUUUGGAACGUAGUAAAAGACCAGUCACUGGUUGGAAUAGAUAAUAGGCGAAUAAGAAAUAUCCUCAAAAUGAUAUGUAGUCUACAGCGUUGUCUUGGUGGAGGCAAGAUAAUGAAUUAGACAAGGAAAGUCGGGCGCAAGCUUCUACAAAGCCCAUGUUUAGGUUUGAAAGAAACAAACGGAAAGUGGAAAAACUCGCAUCAGCACCAGUGAACACCCAGACAGAGAGGCAGACGAAAGACAGCCAGAGUUGACAGCCCUGAUAGCGACUGUUAUUGGAUGACACUUUCAUAAUUUUAAGACUAUAUCCGGAAAAUACAAGUUUGUCUGCACUUUUUUUGACAUAUGCAAUUAGGCUCCAUGUAAUUGCAUUCCUUCUGGCGUCUGAAAAGUCUGGAGUGAAUCAGAGCGUAGUGGUCUCAGCAAAACCACUCCAAAAGGCAUCUAAAGACAGGGGUUAAGUCUCACCAAGAAGGAAAACUUGCCAGUAGAAAUGAAGUGUUCACAAAUGUCGUAUCAUACAGGAUUGUAGCUUACUGAAUAGUUAUUGUGUGUUGUGCCCUGCAGCUGAAUGGAAAGAGAAAUAGACGAGCGCUGUCCAAAAUAACUUUAAAAAAAGGGAAAGCGAGGACUGUGAAGUGGACCACGCAGAACAGUAAAGAUUCCAGAGGCGAAUGACCAUUGAAGGGCCCUCUCCAUGGAUAUAGACACAGACUAUGAGCGGCCCAACGUGGAAACCAUUAAAUGUGUUGUGGUAGGGGACAACGCGGUGGGCAAGACUAGGCUCAUCUGUGCCCGCGCCUGCAAUGCCACCCUCACACAGUACCAGCUGCUCGCCACCCACGUGCCAACUGUCUGGGCCAUUGACCAGUACCGCGUGUGCCAGGAGGUGUUGGAGAGAUCACGGGAUGUUGUGGAUGAGGUCAGUGUGUCCCUGAGACUAUGGGACACCUUCGGUGACCAUCACAAAGACAGACGCUUCGCAUACGGCAGGUCUGACGUGGUGGUGCUGUGUUUCUCCCUGGCCAACCCCAACUCCCUGCGCCACGUCCGCACCAUGUGGUACCCUGAGAUUAAGCACUUCUGCCCCCGCACCCCUAUCAUCCUGGUGGGCUGCCAGCUGGACCUGCGCUAUGCCGACCUGGAGGCUGUCAACCGCGCCCGCAGACCCCUGGCCAAACCCAUCAAGCCUACAGACAUCCUACCUCCAGAGAGAGGCCACGAGGUGGCAAAGGAGCUGGGCAUUCCCUACUUUGAGACCAGCAUCGUGGCCCAGUUUGGGGUAAAGGAUGUGUUCGACAAUGCUAUCCGUUCUGCCCUUAUCUCCCGUCGCCACCUCCAGUUCUGGAAGUCCCACCUGAAGAGAGUCCAGCGGCCCCUCCUCCAGGCCCCGUUCCUGCCCCCCCGUCCCCCUCGCCCUGUGGUUGGCAUCCCCGACCCCCCUCCCAUCGAUGGAGAGGCCCCUGAUUCCCUCUUCUGCCAGUCGCUGUGCGCCGACGUCCUCUUCCUCCUCCAGGGCGGUGCCACGCGCGUCUUCGCACACAAAGUCUACCUGGCCACAUCCUGCUCCAAGUUCUAUGACCUCUUCACCCUGGACCUGCUGGCUACUGAGUCAGAUUGGGAGGGAGAGGAGCGAGCCGAGAGCGGGGAGGAGGACGAGCAGAGCAGGAGAGGGGCCAAAGAGCAGGCGGGGCGCACGAAGAGCUUGGACAUCGAUAAGGAGGGGGAGGGGGGCGCCAGGGGACUCAAACGGCCACCCAUGCUCCAGCAGGGCUCCCUGAGGACUUCCAAAAGUGAUAACGCCCUCCCCGCCAGGAGCCAGUGCCCUCUGGGGCCCCUGGGAGCCGGCCGUGGCCUCUCGGGAUGGGGGAGGGGCUUCCUGAGUGUGUACCUGGAGCACAUAGCUGACCCUGAGACGGGGCGACUUCGCCUCAUGACUGUGGUCUCCAUGGACGGCCUCAUACAGGAAGAACCCUUCCAGGCGGUGCUGCAGUACCUGUACACAGGCAGUCUGGACGAGAGCCGAGGGGGCCUGAUGCAGGUGGCCACCAUCGCCGAGCUGCUGGAGGUGUUUGACCUGAGGAUGAUGGUGGCCAACGUGCUGAACCGUGAAAGCUUCAUGAACCAGGAGAUCACCAAGGCCUUCCAUGUCCGCCGAGCCAACCGCAUCAAAGAGUGCCUCAGCAAGGGUACCUUCGCCGAUGUGGUGUUCCACCUGGACGAUGGAUACCUGCCGGCCCACAAGCCCCUGCUCAUCUCCAGCUGCGACUGGAUGGCGGCCAUGUUCCGGGGAUCCUUCAUGGAGAGCUACAUUGAGGAGGUGUCCAUCCCUGACACCAGUAGCUCCUGUAUGCGUGCAGUGUUGGAGUUCAUGUACAGUGGGCUGCUUUCGCCCUGUCCUGACCUGGAGCCUAUUGAGCUUAUCGUCCUAUCCAACCGGCUGUGUCUGCCACGCCUUGUUGCCCUCACAGAGCAGCAUGCUGUGAAUGAGCUGCUCCAGUGGGCGAUGAAGGGAGUGGACAUUGACGGACAGGUGCUGGCUUACCUGGAGUUGGCUCAGUUCCACAAUGCCAAGCAGCUGUCUGCCUGGUGUCUCCAUCACAUCUGCACCAACUACAACAGCGUCUGUCGCAAGUUCCCUAAAGACAUGAAGGUCAUGUCUCCAGAGAACCAGAGGCACUUUGAGAAGCAGCGGUGGCCUCCGGUGUGGUUCCUGAAGGAGGAGGACCGCUACCUGCGCUCUCAGAAGGAGCGCGAGCGCGAGGAGGAGAUCCUACGCAAGCUGCGCACCAAGAGAGGCUGGUGCUUCUCGAGACACCCGUCCUCCUCGCCCCACGUCUCCUGAGGCUGUCACCCCUCCAUGACCUCUCCUGCUUCUGACCUCUCACCCCAGACUGAGGAAGCCAGCUAUGAGUCUACCACCUCUCCAUGACGGGAGAGCCAAGUCUCCCUUCUGUACGAUUGCGUGUGGGUGUAUGGGGGGGUGCUCAGUGACCAGUCCAGUUCUCUGUGCCCAAGAUGGUCUCACCUAGCUGGGCCUCAGUGACCAGUCCUCCCCCUGAGAUCCACCCACCAGCCUGGGGGUGACGAGACUGGGAACAAAAGGGCUCUCUCUCUCUCUGCCCCUCAGUCACACAGAAGCUAAAGACCAUUCCACAGACCACUGCUAAGACUCCCCUAUGGGGAGGUUACCUCUGCCUUCACGUCUAUUAGACUGUUAGCACACUGGACAAGACCAGCAGCCAGGGGGCGCCAGCUCUGCUUCAACACACAUGGAAGGAUGCUUUGUUUGGUUUUAUUUCGCUUAGGGAUUUGAAAUUAGAGUAGAGCCCAUCCCAGAGUUGGGUGUUUUGCCUCAGAGUCUCUGACCACCACCUAUGCCUGUCUGACUUCUCUUCCACAGACUUUGUCAUCCACUUUGGACAGGUUUGACACCAUGUUGUUUUCUCCCGGGUUUCAUCCCAGUGAAGCUCCGUGUUGGAGGUUCUGUUCUAGAAUCAGCUGUGCAAGGGAGGGGCAGUAGAGGUGGUUAGUCUGGGUUGAGGUACCUGCUCAAGCAAAGGUGGUGGUUUGUGAUCCAAGCACCCAUCGUGAUCCCCCACAUAACACCAAGAGGAGAGGCCAACAGUGCUGAACAAAUCCCCCUCAAUGACAUUCAAAGUGAACACUUGAUAGCAUUUCUGGAUCAGAGGGCUGUUUUAUACCACUGCCAUGGGAGGGAGUAAGAAGCCGAACUGAACAGAUUUCUUCUUGCUCUGUCUUAAUUGACCACUAGGGUGCCCCUCAGCCAGCCUGCCUUAACUCCCCCGUACCACAGGGGGCAGCACUGCUCAGGGUUCCAUCAUCAACCCUCACCGGGAGCAAACAGGAGUUUUCUCCCCUGCCUGCAUAUAUCCUUAAUUCUAGUGUCUUUUAACUUUAUUUUAUUACAGCUGUAUUUGAAAGUCAACUGUAGUCUUUUGUCCUCACUGAGUGUUGAAAGCACAUGUAUUAUACCAAAAAAAUUAGGCUGUGACAUGUUCCCUCCCUCUUGUCUCCUUGCCAUCCUCUCCUUGCCUCCUCCAUAACAUGGCAAAUGUGGGGAGGAAGGGAAUAAGGAAUAGAGGAAGAUAACUUUUUGAUCCCCCCCCCCAGUAUGUUUUUAUAAAGCUGCAAUGUCAGGUAAAACCCAGGUGCCACUGCAGGACUUCCACUCCUUUAGCUGGAAUUGAAAAUGGCGCUCAGGAUGUCCACUAAAAAGACAGUAUGUUUAUGACACACACACACACUUAAACAUACAUACAUACACACUCACAUUUACACUUGUACCUGUCUUUUCGGUCCACUAUUUUUUGGAUUUAUGUCUGUUCUUCAUCAGUGUUAAUAUAUGGAAACCUUUCAAUCUUCCCAUAUAGUGUUACAUUCAGAUGUGCUGCACUAGGGUUUUUUUUUCUCUUAUUCAAAGGUGUCUAAUAGACAUUAACGUUAGUGAAUAUAUUCAUAGUAUUAUGAAUUACAAUGUUGGUCUUGUCAGUAUGAGCAGAGCUACGCUUUGAAGUUGAAUCUUUCCAUUUAUUUAAUGACAUUCUGUCAUUUUUAGACCAAAUAUUUCACUUGCUUUUUUGAUUUCUUGCGCUGCAGAGUGCAGUUCUGUUUUCGUCGUGAGGGAGUGUGCUGCUUCAAUCAUGUGUUAACAAAGGGAACGUGUAGUUCUGUCUUUUAGUGGAGUGCUAUGGAGUUGGGUUUUGGGCUGCUGAGAACAUCUUAACCCACGGCACCUUAAGAUCUUAAUGAAUCCAAGACAUUGUGUAUUACAACAGGCAUGUUGGAAGAAGAAGAAAACAAUAACUAACAAAGCAUUAUCACUGUAUUUUAAUUGCCUUCUUUUUGCACAAAAGUGGUAGUUAUGUGGGAAAAAAGAAGACUUUGUAACAUGUUUCUCUUUACCACCUUCGUUCUAUUUGUGGGUUUGAGAUUUCCACCCCCGCCUUUACCCAGGUGACUGUGGGAGAUAGAUGGAUGGCGUGAAACGUGUUUACUUUUUUUUAGCUUUUCUUCACGGGAUGCGUGUUCUAGUCAUCAACAGCUACUGAAAUAGCUAUGUGAUAGGAUCUCACGAGACCCAAGUGAGAAUUGGGCUGAUUUUUACCCCCCCCCCCCCCAAAAAACUGCAAACCGGCAUAUUUGGAAUUGGAACACUGAAAUAGUCCUUGCGCCCCUAUUUCGGACUAGGAUAUUGGAACAUUAAUCUGGAGUUGACAUAGGAACAUAGAGCUAUUUGACUUCCAUGUCCCCCUUCAGUGCCCUAAGGAUGAGCUAUUAAAGUUGUCUUACUAAUGGUAGACAUGCCCUACAAAGCCUUUCCUCAUGGAAGUGCACAUCCACUAUUAGGAAUCGGAGUAUACUCAAAAUGUACAGUGUAAGGUAGUGGUAUACAGUUGCAGACGGGUUCUACAAAGGAUAAUAGUAGAGCUGAUUGAUUCAGUCUCUGGUUAAUGCUUACACACCCAGUCUCACCCACUCCACCAGGCCAGAGAGGCAUGCCUCUCCCUCGCCUUCCUCCCACGUCUGAGUCUCCCUCUGGGGCUGCAGACCCCAGCGCUACUCCCGGAGAGUUUCUGGGUCUUCGGGUGGUCAGUGGAAACACAGGCCUUAAGUUAGUAGGCGAAGGGGCUGUUAGUAUUGUAAGUUCUCUUAGUCUGUUUCGGUUUGGGAAACUGAUUUAGUCUGCCACUACAAACUAGCCGAUUACCCUCUGUAAUGCCCUAGAGACCAAGGUUUAGGGGGGAUGCGAACGCUUACUAUGAGAAUACUGGUUGCCUUGUGUGAAUGCUGUUCAACACUUGUGGGAUGUGGUUAUUAUUUUUGCAUCAUGGCCUAAUUUUGGUUUUGUAAAUGCACUUUUCUCAGUUUUUCAGAAUUGGGUUGCAAUUUCCUUCCUUUUGUGGUCUUUUUAGCUCUGACUUUUUUGUGCUUGGCAUGGACAAUUCUUUAACAAGGUUGUUUUAAAAAUGUGAUCUUUUGUAGCAUGGGAUCGUCCUUUCUCCCUUACAACUGUCCAUCUGGCUUUCUAGGGCUAUUACUGAGUAUGUAUCUAUCUCGUCAUGCUCACAUACAAAGGCAAACCGGGCUCAGCUGUAGUAUCGUAGUUUAGUGACUGAAAUGAAAGCCUCUGUCCAUUAUGUGUGAAGCCUCUCAAGUCAGUCAUACUAUUGUAAUUGUAUAUAAUAUUAUCCUCAUACGUUCAGUACAGCCUAAAUGUAACAUCAUUGGGGAUCUCAUCAUGACAUUGAGGGUACACAGGAAUGUGUGUACAUGUCAGUAACUAAUGACAAUGGUUAUUGACGUUAGCAAGAUGUGUUGCUUCUUGUACAGUGUUAAAGCAGUAUUAUGCCAGGUGUGGGGCCAUGGUUUCCCCAGGAUUUGACAUCUCGGGUGCUGGUACAGUACGUAGGUUGUGUUCACGUUCUAACGCUAUAUGAAUUCAUACACCUUGGGAAUGUCCUAUUUAUUAAAGCCUUGGGAGCUACAGUGAGAGGAAUGUUUUGAUUGGGCUGAAAUGCAUGUAUACACAGGGAAGCAAAUUACGAAGUGGAUCUUUGGCUUUGAACAGCCGUCAAUAGUUGACCCACAUUGCCCCCUAUUGGCCCAUUUCUGUACCUGUCAUUUGAAACGUCACAUUAAGUCCAUGCUCUUUUGAUGUCACUUUCACAUCACCUUAAUUUGUAUCAGCUCAAGAGUGUAGUGUUGUCCAAAGAAAACAUGAGUAUUGCUGAGAAUUUUGAAGAAUAUUUUCGACCAUGCCGCUUAUUGACAGAGAACUCCUUGUUGUUGUUGUUUGCCCCUGGUCUGGCAUCUCCUGUGCCUUUUGAGAUGACCUGGCGCCUGUCUCCCUGAGCCAUCUUGUCGAGCCUCUAGCGGUCAAACAGGGAAAUGGUUCCAAUCGUUUUUUCCAAUCAUUAAUUUUUCUGUUAGGGAAUUUUAGAAACACUUAAAAUAAAAUGUAGCACUAUAUUUAGCUCUAUUUCAGAUUUGAACAUUCUAAUUAGAUUUGAAAAUUCUAAUUAGCAUCAAAGGAGACAUCAUGAAAGACUUCAAAUCCCUGCAAGCUCAUACACGUCAUCUGUAACUGACACCUUUGCUAACUGGUUUUGUGUCAAUUUAAAACAUGCACAAAACAGUUUACAUAAUUGUCAAUUUAUAUAAAUGUUGAUGCUUUUCGUAACUACAUUUAGCUAACAUUAGAUCGUUAAUCCAGAUAUUCUUACCUUUGCCUCGAUUCGGCAGUCUCGCCCAGAUCAUCAAAGCAUUUGUAGUUCUUUAUGAUAGCCACAUUAGCCUCUAAUUAGCAUUGUAUUUUAUUUUUGAGGGGGGGGGGUGUAAAUACAGGCAAAUAUUUUGAUAAAAGUCACCUUGUCCUAGAGAGAUUUACACGAAACACAGCCCAUAUCUGAGGUGUUUCUAAAAUCUCCUAUGGUAAAAAUGAAUGGUGGAAAAACGAUUAUGAAUCGUACCAUGGUACUCUAUAGGCUUACUGUACAUAUGAGGAGGGGCCUCUAAACCAAUGCCUUCUGGGUUCAGGUUGGCACCCACCAUGCAGGCUAAAAACACAUGUGCACACACAUUUGACCAGGCAGGUUUCCUCCUUGUCUCUUAGUGCCUGUGGAUUGACCAAUGAUUCCGCCAUCCUAUGCUGUGUACCAAAGGGGCUAUGUUGUUGAGGCCUACAGUAGUCUACCGUAGCUGUGGGGCACACAGGGCAUAAGGCCCCUGACUUGGAGCUUUACAAAUAUGUCACUCAAACCUUGUCGUCACAUCGUCCAAACCAAGCUAGGCUGUAGAUACUAAAUUGUUGAGAAGACAUUGAGAACCAACAGAUUUCAGAUUCAUGAACAAACUGAUCUUUUGCACUUGGCAGUCUGUCAAAGCAUGCCCUUUCUGUCUAUUAUGUAGCCUUAAGUUUACACCAUGUGCGUACUAAUGGAUUAUUAAACCCAGUUUUACCAGCUUGCCUCUGCAGUCACAAAUGGCUUCAACCCAACUCUGGCUCCUGCUCUCUCGCUCUCUCUCUCUCUCUCUCUCUCUCCUUGUGGCAGAGAUGGCAUUAGUGUAGAACUGGGCUAUUCAUUAGAGAUGUAGUGAACUGUCCCACGGUGUAGGGGCGGGGAGUCCCACCAAUAAAGAAGGGAGACAGUACCACAAAAUGUGAAGUUGAGCACUACAGUGUCUACCAUUUUUUUUUACACAAAAUGGCACAACUGCUCCUCUGCUGCAACGAUACUCUCCAGUUAAUUUUGUAAACCUGAUCUCCACUUGUUUGACCCAAAACUGUGUGUUACGCCGCGUUCACUCGCUAGUCAGGAACUCGGAAAUUCCGAAAUUUCCGACUUGCUAACUUGUUGAACAGGGCACGUGUAUAACCACCAGCAGUUAGCAAGUCACACAUUUUUUUGAGUUUUAAUAGUUCUAAUUAGCACAUGAAUGCGUCAUUAGCCCAGGACUGAGAGAGCUGGGAGGAACAGAAGCCUUGGUAGGUUGUAGGUGUAUCUCUGCUCUGUGACAUUUUCAGUGUGACUUAUACAUAGUAUUAAUAUGUACUUCUGUUUCCCUCUUCUCAUUUCAAAUGAAUAUUGGUAUUAACUGCUUGUGUUAAUAUGUUUCUGAAACUGAAAAAGCACACAGACACACAAAACACCACGUACACACCAUAUUAAGGGCAUUUUUUAAAGACAACAAUCAGAAUGUUUUGCUGCUUUUGCAAAAAUAUUUUGAAUAAUCCUUUGUAAUAUUUUUUAACCACUGAUUUGUAAAAAAAAAAAAAAAAGAAAGAAAAAGAAAAAGGAAACAAAAUAUAAUUUUUUUGCCGUUUCAGUAUUUUAAUGUUUCGCCUGGCUUUUAAAUAAACCCUAAGUAA